AUGAAUGACACGCUGGCAGACCACCUUGCGAAGAUCAAAGCACAGUCAACGCACAAGUUUGACGAGUCUCUCUAUCUCUAUGUUCUGCUCGCCCUGCUCCUGCGCCGGGGACAUCUGCUCGUCCACGUCAGGACAGAUCACGACAAGCAUGCCAUCGCAAAUAUCACAGCAGAGAUAGACUGGAUCUGCCGAGCUCUGUUCGGCCUGACGCCUGACGCGCUAGACCUUUCUGCGCCAAACGCAUCCGACCGCUCGCGAGAGCUAUUCUCUCGAGGAUCGUCGAGCGAGCAGACUUGUCAGGCUGAGAUCGCAAUCGUUUCGCACGCAGAGUCGCUCAAGACGGCCCAAGUGCAAGACCUGUUAUCAAAUUUGCGCGACCACGACCGUGCCGAAUCGAAUGACGAAAGGCGGCCGAAGCUGCUCUGCAUCUUUGUCGUUGGCAUCUCGGCAACGAUUAUGCGAUCAUCAGACGAAUUCUACAAUCUCAAUCGGUAUAUUGUCGAUCGAUGCGCCCUGGGCCUCACCGCUACUGCUAGACCACAGACAGCUACGAACAUGGCCACUUCGCAGUUGCCGCACUUGGAUUUCGCUGUACUCUCGCGUAUGGAGGAGAAGGCAAAGGCGAUCUACACCUCGCUCGAAGUGAUGACAUAUAUCUCGGAUCUACUGUCUGCUGUCAGGUACAAUCAGCUAUUGGACGGCAGGAUGGUCAGCAAUCGAUGCAACCGGCACGUCAUACGUCAUGCUGCCACACUUCUCGCCAUCAUCACAGAGCCCAAAGUGGACGCACUGACGCCCAAACACAUUCGAGCCAUCUUUCCAGCCAUGAUCACUCAUCGACUCGCACCUCGCGCCAAACACAAGGACAUCCUCGUAUCGUGGACUGAGCCCGCGUUACGAGAAGCCCAUCUCGGCGAGCCCAUCACCAACGCGCAGAUCUCUCUCGUCCUGCAAGACCUACUGAAUCUGGUCUGA